GUCCAGGGUUGGCUUUCCUUGUUUACCCAGAAGUUGUUCUACAGCUCCCACCUCCCCCGUUAUGGUCAGUUGUGUUCUUCCUCAUGCUAUUAAUUCUUGGUAUAAACAGCCAGGGGGGCAUGUACAUAUUUCAACUGAUGGAUUAUUAUUCUGCCAGUGGAAUGACUCUACUGUUUACUGCUUUCUUCCAAACUAUAGCUAUCACGUGGGUCUAUGGCGUAAAAAGGUUUUCUAGCAACAUUGAAGAGAUGACAGGACAUCGGCCAAACUGGUAUUUUCUCACUAGCUGGGUUUUUGUUUCUCCAGCCGUUUGUUUGGGAAUAUUCCUGUUUUCGGUUGUUAGAUACAAACCUCUGGUGUACGCAGAGACUUACGUUUAUCCUUGGUGGGGGGAGCUCUUAGGCUGGGGGAUAGCUCUGGCUUCGAUGGUAUGGAUUCCGUCCUAUGCUGUUUAUUUCUUGUUAGUCACACCAGGUUCUCUGAAGGACCGAUUGAUUGCUGGCAUAACUCCGAAAGUUCAACCUUCUCAGAAAUUAACAAAGAUACUUGGUCAAGAUUUCAAGCUUCCCGAAAGUAAACACACCAAACUGCCAGACUCGGGAGAUUCUACGUCGACAACUCAAGAAAUACUUUAUAUUUAACUGUUGAAAAGUCUACAUUAUCAUUUUCCUAACAUUAGAUCAUCCUUUAAUACGUUAUCAUAUUCCUAACCCUAGAUCCUCCGUUAGUACGUGAUCAUAUUCCUAACCCUAGAUUCUCCUUUAGUAUGUGAUCAUAUUCCUAACCCUAGAUCCUCCUUUAGUAUGUGAUCAUAUUCCUAACCCUAGAUCCUCCGUUAGUAUGUGAUCAUAUUCCUAACCCUAGAUUCUCCUUUAGUAUGUGAUCAUAUUCCUAACCCUAGAUCCUCCGUUAGUAUGUGAUCAUAUUCCUAACAUUAGAUCAUCCUUUAAUACGUUAUCAUAUUCCUAACCCUAGAUUCUCCUUUAGUAUGUGAUCAUAUUCCUAACCCUAGAUCCUCCGUUAGUAUGUGAUCAUAUUCCUAACCCUAGAUUCUCCUUUAGUAUGUGAUCAUAUUCCUAACCCUAGAUCCUCCGUUAGUAUGUGAUCAUAUUCCUAACCCUAGAUUCUCCUUUAGUAUGUGAUCAUAUUCCUAACCCUAGA